AGCGAUAGGGCGCAUUUCUUAAUGCCCCCCUCCUUCAACGCCGCGUCCCCCAUCCUCCUCUAUUGAUCCAUCGAGUCCUGGACGCACGACACGACCGCGGGAUUGUCGUGCAGCCCCCCUCUCCACCCCCCAGCCCCAUUCCACACACGAGGAUUGAUCAAAUGCAUUAUUUACGAGCGAAACUUCAGCAACUUAUCCACUGGAUAUGUCUCCCGGCUUGAGGAGUGAUGGGCGCGCGGGUCACCCCGAGGAGCUGGGAGGCUGCGGAGCGGACCCCGGCGGAUGCUGGCCGCCCAGGACGGAUGCUGGAGGAGAGAAGGGGAGGUGUGUGAGGAGGAGCGCGGCAGCGGGGAUGCUGCUGUCCGUGGCGGUGCUGGCAGCUGUUGUCCGGUGCGCGGCGGCUGCAGAGGAAAAAUUCACCUCCGAUGCCUCUGGCUCCUCACCUUUACAGAGGGACCCAGCACUCCCAGAUUCUCCUGCUCACCCGGUGGCUGAACUGCCCCAACCAGAGGAGGUGCCUUUCCCAGUCGUCCAUUCAGAUGGAGAGUCAAAGACUGAGGGAGAAGGCUUGUCUGGACGACCUGCUUUUUCCUCGGUCUUAACCGUGAUGGCAGGAACUGUCAAGUAUCCAACAAGUCUUGAUCAAAGCAGAACGUUGCCGACUAUUAGUAGGGAGGAGACCUACACCACCCAAUGGCCUUCACGGAACUCUAGCCGAGCCUCUGUCUCAUCCUCCACAUCAUCAUUUUUGAGCGACAGGAUCCUCCAAGCCACCUCAGAGGCAGAAGUGGAUGAGUUAACCGCUGCAACGUCUAAAUCGGUUGUACUCACUUUCCCCAAAGAAAAGGAGGCCAGUCUGGCCCCCUCGCAGUCAGAUAGCGUUACUCUCUCUGCUGGGUCCACUGAGGGGUCAUCUCAGGUAUCUCCACUGACCCCUCAGCAGAGCUCCACAACAGCUUCUGUACAGCUUACAACCAUAGCAGCAGCAGCUUCAACAGCAGCACACCAUUCAACUACAAUGCCUUCUCUAAGGGUCACAACCCAAUCAACAACCACAUCACAGCCUACACCAACGACCAGAAGAACAGCCCACACCAGGCCUCAGUCCAACAGGAGAACAUUCACUCCGCCUAUUCUAAGAACAACCCCCCCAAGGGGGAGCACCACUGUCUUCAUCUCACCAUUUACCACCACCACAGAAGCUCCACCACGACAGUGCAACAUCACAGAAAGAAUGUGGGUGAAAACAGUUGUUUCCAUCUACGUGAGGAGAAACCGACUGGAUAGCAUUCAGAGGCAGAACUUACGAAGAGGGCUGAGUCAAGGUCUGAGGAAAGCUCUGAAUGACACGUCGGCCCAAGCACAGGUGGAGACUGUUUUUGGCUCUCCCAACAUGACGGUAGCUUACCACGUCACUGGAGGGGAUGUAGUUUAUCCUCCAUCUGUGGUGAUGGAAGGCUUGACAUCCUAUGGCCGUGACAAGCUGAUUGCAGACUUGCGACAGUACCUCCCCAUGGUAACAGCCCUGCCUCUCCCCGUUGCAUUGUGGAGACAGAGCCCUGCCACUGGCUUCCAGCUGAAAACAGUUUUGCAGUUUGUGGGUUCGAGUGAUAACCCUCGAUCCUGUCGCUUCUCUCAAAUGAUGGAGCAGAGGCUGGAGAAGGUGUUUUCUGAGGCUCAGACCAAAAUGUUCAAUGGUAAAGGCAAACUCUCAGUUCAGAUGAUGAGUGUCUCUCAGGCGGCAGGAUCUCCUGCUGUGUCAUUGGUCUAUGCUGUGAGGAAUGGGACUGUUCAUCUCAACGGCACUGUUGCCUCUUAUCUUCUUGGUCAGCUGUCAGCUGAGCUGGUGGGCUACUUCCUUUUCUAUCCGCCACUCAUCAUUGCUGAACCACUUGAAUAUCACAAUUUGAACACAUCCAUAGCAACCAGAGACUUCUGGGUGGUCACAGUGAUACAGGAUGUGGACAACGUCAGCCUGGAGGGACACUACCAAAGCUUUGCUAGUCUGAUGGAGCAGCGACUUGGAGAGCUGUUUGUUUUGGCGAGUCAACAGGGCACACGCUUCAAACGAGCCACUACUGUCGGCAGCUACACGGUCCAGAUGGUGAGCAUCCGCAGAGUUUCUGGCCUAAAAAAUCCAGCAGAGAUGACCUACUAUGUUCAACACAAUGGAAUCCCAUUAUUGGGGACAACAGCUGCAAAGGUCUUGAACACGGUGGAUUCUCAAACCAUGGCGCUCACCCUUGGCUACUUCGUCCAGCUGCAGGCAGAACCUGUGGUUAAGAACCCGCCUAAUAACCUUUGGAUAUUAGCCGCAGUGCUGGCCCCGAUCUCAGUGGUAUUAGUUAUUAUAAUCAUCAUCACAGCCGUGCUAUGCAGAAAGAAUAAGAAUGACUUUAAAGCUGACGCCAUCGGCAACCUCAAUCCCAGAGCAAAGAUGGCAUAUAGAAGAGACGUUGGCUUUUAUCACCAGCCUGUCCAGGGUUUUGACUAUGCCAAGCAGCACUUGGGCCAACAGGGGGGAGAUGAGGAGAUGUUACCUGCCAGUCAGGAUACAUUAGUGAUGUCCUUACAAAUUCGGGACACGUCACUGUCACUAGAAAAGGCACUGCAACAAGAUGGGACUGCCAGCAAGAAAAGCCUCCCUGCUGACAAACACAAAAGCAAGUUGCCAAGUGAAGAUGGUUCCGUCAUCAGCAACGAAUCAGAGAGGCUGAAUUCCGGCAGGGGCCUGACGGUGCUGAAAGUCACAGCGCAGCAGAAACUGAAAAAGGAGGAGACGAACAAGAGGGAUGACCCGUAUGACAGCUCAUCUGGCUCCCUUCAGCUUAUCUCUGUCAAGCCUUUGGCGGCGCAGACCAACUACUCACACCCGGCGUCUUCGAACCGCAGCCAGGACUCAGUCAUUUUAAAUGGAGAGGUCAACUUGGCACUGAAGCAGAAAUCAGACAUUGAGCACUACAGGAACAAGCUGAGGCUUAAAGCAAAGAAAAAAGGCUAUUAUGACUUUCCAUCUGCCAACGGCAACAGUAGUGGAGCUGGAGCCAUGGUGCAGAGACAACGCCACGCCGAUGAAACAAGGGCCAUUGAGAAUGGAAGACCUCCAGAGCCUGACGAUGAGCAGGGAUCCACUUAUGUGAAAUCACACAAGAGGCACUCCCAGGUAGGACACGCAGCCUAUCGCAGCAGACAGAGUCUGAGCAGUCCAAGCCCUGGAGGAACAGAGAUGGACCUGCUUGUAAUGAGAGAGAGACCCAGGAGAGGCAUCCGCAACAGCGGCUAUGAUACUGAGCCAGAGCUAAUCGAGGAGACUAAUGUCGAUCAUCUAAUGGGACAGCGAGGAUACAUGUUUGGCCGGGGCUUGAAAGGCCACUCCGAGACAUCCACCCUUAGCUCACAGCCAUCCAUUGAUGAAGUGAGGCAGCAGAUGCACCUGCUGCUGGAGGAGGCAUUCAGUCUGGCCUCGGGGGGCCAUUCCACAUCUGGGAGACACGCCCACGACCACCACCCCCUUCCUGAUCACUACAGCACGUCCCCUCCCUUCUCCUAUGCGGACGUGGUGACAAGUGCUCCGGGCACCAUGAGCUGCGGGGGUCUUCAGUGGGUACCGUCUUAUGGAGUGGACACGUAUCAGUGCAGCCUGCCUAAGCCAGCUUUUCGCUUCACCCAGCUUCCUGAGAUUGCGGUUGGCUCUCCUCCCCCUCUACCACCUCGCACAGGCCCCCCACCCCGGACCCCCUUGAGACGUUCUACUUCUGACUUGGGGCCAAAGGGAAGGAGCUCAGAGAUGUCUGUCACUGAAAUGAGGGGUCAACAUGACAGCAACCCAUAUGGGCCACCCAUAAGAGCGGCCCUUCCGUCUGUCACUGCGGAGCAGCCUGUGUCAAACUACUCAGGAAACCCAAUAACAGCCGUCUAUGCGAUCCCAGCUGCCAGAACUGGUUACUCAGACUAUUUUGUCUCCACUUCACCCACCUCCUACCACAGUCCGUCCUGGAUGUCCUACCCACCAGAACCAGAGGAUGUCGCCCCACAGUGGGCUGAUUCUGUUCCUCUACCUGGGUAUGUUGAGGCUUUUCCUAAUCCUCGUUACCCACAGGGAAGCCCGUCCAGGCUCCCACUGCAACAGUACAGCCAGACGCUGGAGCAGUCCCCCACUGCUCCCAGAACGAUAUCUGAGCAGAGUCUGCCCCAGGUGCUUAAGGACAUGGACAGCUUGCCCUUGAGCAGCCUCUCCACCUCUGCACUCGUGCAGGCUAUCAGGCAAGAGGUGGCUAAGCUGGCAAAGAAGCAAAACGACAUGUCAGAGUUCUAGGUUUCAAACUCCUCCCGCGUGAGCAAGAGACGAUUAUCUCUGCUUUUGUCUCCAAAUAAACUGCGAGGACAGACGGACUCUUUUAGACUCAUUUUUAAUAUUUGUACUGUAAGGAAGACUGCUCUUCUUUACCUGCUCAUCCUCCACUUCUUGACUUCAUUUUACACUCCUUAGUGUAUUUCAGCUCAUGAAUUAAUGGAAAGGGGUACGUUCAUGUGACCUUUUGGAACAUUCUCCGUUGAAGAUGUCUCAAAUGAUUACACACUUGUCUUUGAGUAGAAAUGUCAUAAGAACUUUUCAGAAUUUGCUAGAUUUUUUUUUCUGUUUUCUUGUGCACCAACAGAUAAGAGUAAAACAUUUCGUCAUAAUGAGUGGACCAAAUCUUUCCUGUCAGACAGUUACAUUCAAAUCACAGUGUAUAUGAGCAUGUACAGUUUAAGGACAUUGUGUAUUUAAUCUCCUUUUAUAGAGCAUCAGCUUCAAACUAGUCUGGCUACAUCAAUGUUGGCCUGCCAAACGUUACCGAACAAAUGUUUGUAAUUCGGAGUUUCAAACUGUACUCUGGCAAUUAAUCCAUUGACUAAUCAAUGCAAAAUCCCACCUUUAAAUUCAUCUAUGAUCAUGUAAUGUAUCAAAGAUAGAGCAUUUGUGUUUAUGUUUUUAAAAUAGUUUUAUCAUGCAAUAAUGAAGUGUGUGCAAAGAAUGCAGAUGUAAGUAGCACCUUUUAUCUUUACAGAAAGAUCAGUAUAUUUUAAAAUGCCCAGAAUGGAAUAUUUUAUGUAGGUUAAUAUCUGCAAAUAGGUGAACUUCAGCAGUUUUAUGUUGAGGAGUGAGGUUUUGGAGGAUUUGAUGCAAAUAGAAUCCACAACAUUUUUGUUUCUCCUGAUUGUUUUUGUUUUUUCUUCAUCAUUUUCAAUGAAGAAACAGUUAUGAAGUUUUAUGGGAAGGACAUGAAGGGGAACCCCUGUUCCUGUGGAACCCUGGCCUUAUGUGUGAGUCCACAGUGGUGCUAAGCAAAUGCAUGUAAGCUCAAUAAAGCUGUAUACAAAUGUAAAAACAUGUUUAUUAAGCAUUUUUAAAACAGAGAAGCUGACUAAGAAUGAAAUUUAAGAGGGAAUCAAAGUAUUUUUCAAAUAUGACUUAGACAGAUGAGCUUUAUUUAAUUGGAGAUAAAUUAAUCCACAAUUUCUGAAGCUUACUUUUUAUGGAAAGAUGAUACAAAUAUGCAGCGCUCAAUUAUUCGGCAUGGUCAGUCUAUUUUGUUUGUUUUAGGCUGUUUCACUUCAGGCCAUUGUUCAAAGUAAAGAAGAGGGUUUCUUCUCAUAUUGUACUACCAUCCCAUUUCUUUGGAAGGUUUGAUGAAAAUGUUGAGGGACAGUCCACAGAUGGGCUGUGGUAAGUUUUUCUACACAUCCUGUUUAACAUUUUACUGAUUAAAUCAUUAUUAAUAACGGAAAGCCAGAAGGUAAUUGCAGAUUCAAUUUUUUUUUUUUUUACAGUGAUGUUGCUUCAUUAGCAAACCUUGAUGUUUAAAGCCUUUAAAGAAUUGAUUAAACCCUUCUUUAUCACAUUUUUUUUAAAUUAUGUUUUUGCAUAUUUUUUCAUUUAGAUUUUGCAUUUAUGCCCUGUAAAAUAGUCUCUUCUUCACCAGAAACUUUUUUUUUUUAUUUUGGUUUACAAUCUUAACUCUUUUUUUAAAGUGCAGCACAUUCAUAGAACAUAGAAUCCUUUGUUUUGUCAAAAAAACAAAUAUUUUUUUGAAUUCUCAUGCUUGAUACUGGUACCAUUAAAAAUGUAUUUUCAGGAGAUUUAUUUCUCUCAACAAAUACAGAUUAAUUCUACAAUAUGAACUAUAAUGUGAGCUACAGUAUACACAUAAAACCCUUUCUGUUGUUUGUCUUCCUGACGGGUUUCCUAAUAUUCUGUUUUUUCCCUCUGCUUGAAUUUGCUGUUUGACUGAUCUAACACUUGGGGCAGAUGGAGUCUGAAAGAAAUAUUAGCCUAAAUGACUGAAAUGAAAUAAAACAUUUUACUAGAAAAAUG